AUGACAUCAUCACCUCCCAGCGCAUCAUGCGAAACUCCCAGCACUGACAAUCAUUUCACUCUGCUCCAUCCUAGCAUUGCAGAGGCCCUGUUCACCUUCGAGGAACGCGUUGCCGAUUUCUCGGCUGCAUUCGAUCUUCUCUCUCAGCAACACAACAUUCUCGCAGCCAAGUACGAUGAACUCCUUGGCACUACGCUCAAGCUACGUACCCAACUGGCCAUACAAGUUGUGGCGCUAGUCAAAUGCCAAGGACAAGAAUAUACGUAUACGCAGCGAGGCGAAGCGAAGACAUCCCAUGGUGGCAAUGUCAGCAGCGCCGACGACGAGGAUGAGGGGUCUAAGACAAAGAAGUUUUCAUCCAACAUGCGAGAGAACAAUUGCACCGCGACGGCCUGCAAUACCAAGUCCGACGCCAGCCCUCCAACCCAUCAGACACCUGAUCUUUUAUCCCCGCUGCUUUCCAAAGAUACAAAGAAGACCCCUCGUCUGAUACUCCGGCUUCCCUCCAGGCCAGAUGGGGAAAAGGCUGCGCCGACUAUGGCGAAUCAAGGCCAAAGCAGCAAAGGUCGCCGCGCAAAACGCAACGAGUCGUCUUUCCUUCAUGCUACCACUAUGAAGAGAAGGACGAAAAGAGUAAAUGUGUGA